AAAAAGAAAACAGAAAGAAACGAUCUUUUACUGAAAUGAUUAGAGCGUUUGAAAAUAGUUUAGGAAUUAGAAAUGAUAUAAAGUGGAAUAAUUUUAUAUUGAUCACUCUCUACCAUAUUAUUGGAGUUUACUGGUGCUACCAUUAUGCCUUCCCAGCGAAAUGGCAAACAUUGAUAUUUGCGGCAAUAAUGUACAUAGGAAGUGGUUUCGGAGUCACUGGUGGGGCCCAUCGACUUUGGACACAUAGAGCCUAUAAAGCGAAAAGACCUUUGCAGUUAUUUCUUCUCAUGUGCUUUUCUAGCGCUGGCCAGAACUCUCUAUAUCAAUGGGUAAGAGACCACCGCAUACACCACAAAUACAGUGACACAGACGCCGACCCACACAACGCAAACCGAGGACUGUUCUUUUCACACAUCGGGUGGUUGAUGUUGAAAAAGAACGACCAAGUUAAACAAGCCGGAAAGCUGAUCGACAUGAGCGACAUUGAAAGCGAUCCUGUGUUGAAAUUCUAUAAUAAACACUUUAAUUACUUCAAACUAAUAUUCUGUUAUAUCCUACCGACCAUGACCGGUAUCUGGCUAUGGGGAGAGAAUUGGAAGUGUGCAGUUGCUUGGCAGUGCUUCAUCCGCUACUUAAGUGCUUUCCAUAGCGAGUUGACCGUCAACAGCCUUGCACACGCGUUUGGAUAUAAGCCUUACAACAAGACCAUAAUGCCAGCGGAAAAUCGUUUUGUGGCAACAUGCACCUUGGGAGAAGGCUGGCACAACUAUCACCACGCGUUUCCCUUCGAUUACAAGGCUGCUGAGCAUUUCGAUUUCCUGAACUUCGGAACCUUUUUCAUUAGAUUCUUCGUCAGAAUAGGUUGGGCGUACGGUCUACGAGAAGCGACUCCAGAAAUGAUCAAUUCUUUAGCGGAAAGAAUAGGUGACGGCACUCCAGUACACUUUCCUUUGGAUCCCAAAGAUAGAAGAACUAACGAUAGAAUAGUAGGUUAAAACUGUCUUGCUUAUAUUGUUUACAACUAACUGUAGUCGAUGCACUACUUUUUACUUAAAUAUCUAAGUGAUGUAACAAAAAUAACUUGUAAUAAAAUUACGCUAUGAACCUUUCUGUUGUAUACAUCAUUCAUUCGUAUUAAAUAAACAAAGGCUCGACCGAUGUG